AUGAGCUCACGCGGUGGUGAAGGAGACGAAGGACACCUCCUCAUCGAAGAGGACAUGGGAGACGUCCUCUCUCCGGAGGAGAUUUCUGACUUAAUCACAAAGUACAGCGGACACGAAAUCGUGAAAAAUGUGUUGGAGUGUGCCUCUUUGGAGGAACUCAACGAGAAAGCCUCGAUUGCGAACGAUCGACUGCACAAACUCGAAAACGAAUCCAUCAAACAACACGCGAAAGAGUGCGAUAACUUGGUACUCUUACAGGAGAAGAUUCAUGACUGCGACGAAACGCUCGCGCACAUUGAAAACGUUUUAUCAAACUUCCAAACGAGUUUAGGCAAAAUCAGUGGAGAAAUAUCAAACUUGCAAAGCUCGUCCAGUCACGUCACACAAAGAUUAUUGGAGUGCAAAGAGACUGAAUUAGCACUCGGGGAAUACGUAGAACAGCUGACGAUAUCGCCAGAUUUAAUCGCGAAAGUUUUGUCCACGGAAGUUGGCGACGGCACUGAGUACAUACAAGUCUGUAAAGCGCUUUCGGAGAAACUCAUAUUCAAGAGAGACGUGAAACGAAGAGGCGGCCAAGACGCGACGUACGCGGCGUUUACGGACAUCGAAUCCGAGUUGGAACGACUGCGAAUCAAAGCUAUUCAAAAAGUUCGCGAUUUUUUUAUCCAGAAGUUUCAUUCAUUGAGGAAGCCGAAAACGAACAUUCAGCUGUUGCAAACAAACGUCUUGAAAAAGUAUAAACCUCUCGUGGAUUUCCUUCAAGUGCACGGCGCGGAUAUUUUUCGAGAAAUCAGAGCAUUAUACGUGGAAACGAUGGGUAAAGUGUUGAAGACAGCGUUACAAAACUAUAUUUCUGCGCUUAGCGUACUUAAACUCGAAUCGGGUUCUACGUCGAAGAACAAGACAGGUCAAUACAUCGGUGACGUCGAUGCCUCGGCUUCUUCUUCGUCAGCAACAUUAUUGUCUGCAUCAACGUCUGCCAAUAGCGCAAGUGGUGGUGGCGGCGGUGGCAGCGGUAGUCACUUCUUAUCAUCGCUCGGACAGGGAAGCGGUAUCGCCGGUUCUAUACCAACGACCAACGAUGGAAGAAGUGCGCAUACAAACUUCUCCCUAGGAAAGCGCGCAAAUAUUCUUGCGAAUAUAGAAACGGCUGCGCCAAUCAUAGCGCACUCGAUUUCGGGUUCUAAACUUCCCUGGGAAGCACUGUUUCGAAGUUCACAAAAAUUAUUAGUCGACAUGGCAACGUUUGAAUACUUGUUUUGCAUAGAUUUCUGGAAAGGCGACUCACAAAUCUUCCGCGACGUGUUUGCGCAACCGUUACAAGCGAUGGAUGAAUACGUGCAAAGUUGUAUCAAUACGAAUUUUGACGCCAUCGGAUUAGCGCUGGCUAUAUUGAUCAACCGCGGUCACCAAAAAUUGAUGCAAAGAAGAAGAAUCCCUUCCUUAGAUUUACACCUAGACAAGGUCAACAUCAUGCUGUGGCCAAAGUUUAAGAUGGUUUUCGACGCGCACAUAAAAUCUGUAGUUUCGGCGUGUGAGAAUGCGAAAAAUCAAACGAAAUUGUUUGUUGAUGAUGUUUCCGCGCAUUACGUCACGCGACGGUACGCAGAGUUUACGGCAUCUAUGACGGUUUUGUCAAAAUUAGAGGGUGGCGAUAACCAGUUGCGAAAUAACUUGGAGCGUUUACGAAAGGCGCAGUACGAUUUACUCGUCAAACUCGCAGAGCGAUUCACCACGCCGAAACGUCGUUCGUGCUUUUUGUUGAAUAAUUACGAUUUGAUCCAUCAGAUCUUGAGCACAGAUGAAAACUUAGAGCACGAACUCGGAUUCUUUGACGAACAGCUGAUCAUAGAGACGGAUGCUUUCGUCCAGAUUGAACUAGAAACGCAUUUUGGCGACGCGUUACUACAAAUUGAAAGUUUAGAAUUCGGCAAAUCUUCGCCGGACGUGGCGGUGGAGCAAUCGAUACAAAUUUUGAAAGCGUUCUCGGAGCAGUGGAAACAACAAAUUACAAAGAUAAAUAGCGAAAUCGUGUCGCUCUUCUCCAACUAUAAUCGAGGUAUGGAUAUUUUGCAGCGAACGCUGAGUUCCUUACUUGUCAAGUACACGGAUGCGUGUGAAAAAACAAGCGCGAGUGGAGAGGAGGCGAAGAAAACUGUGGAUGCGAUUCGAGUGACCAAUGCGGCAUUCUUGUUUGAGUGUAAGCGAUAUGCGCGAGCUAAAUAA